GUUUGGAUUCAGAUCGAUUUGGACUACGGAGUGGACGAGACCGAGACUCUAUGCCCAAUUUGAGUUCCGUGAGCGUCGAUCGUGCGGUCGCAUAACGGCUUUUCAAAUGGACACAUAACUUUUAAUUAAACACCAUCAGCCAAGUGGAUUAAUAACAAUCGUGUCCUGUGUGUGUGUGAAUGUGGUAAUUAAAACUCUUGGUUUAAGAUUAAAGUGAGAAAAGAAACCCUCAGAUAGAGCUUAUCGCAUUAAACAACCGCAAAUAAUUGCAAAUCUGCAGCUAAACAAACAGAAAGGCAUAAAAUCCAAGUUAACGGUUCUUAAGCGCACUCUCUAUUUCGCCAACAAGAAUAAAGAAUUGUGUGUGAUAGGGUAAGACGAUCCUAAGAUCAUAAGAGAUAACGGUUCGCGCGUACCAAAAAUCAAAUGCAGGCCGCAAAAUUAAUGCCGUUUGGAAGCUAAAAACACAACAAAAGUGAGCUGUGCUUAGAUAAUACAUAACUAAGGAAUUAUAUCUCGGGUGAUUACCGAUCCCAAGAUCGCUCGUCAACCGGAAUAUUCGCUAUAUUUGUGGUAUUCGUAAUAUUCGUAAUGCAACUGCGAGUGCACCCUACUAUGGACUGUAGCGGUCGUUCAACCAGCAAUAUUGAACGAGAUUCUGAUCUGGGAGACGAUUUGUCACAUGGUGAUCGAACGGACGACGAGAUGCGCGACUGCGACUCCGUGGAUGGGGAGCACCAUCAGCUGAGCGCCAAGGCGGCGAUUGCGGCCCGCUUAAGUCACACAGUUUCCGGCGGAGGAGGGAACUUCGCCAGUCCCGAGCCACAGACCGAGUUGCCCCUGAGCCAUCACCAUCAACUGCCGCCAAAUCAUCCGCUCAACGCUCUGGGCAGCUUCAUGGGCAUCGGCGGUCUACACAGCAUUCCAAAUCUGCAGCACAGCGACGUGCUCGAGAAGCUCAAGAUGCAGGUGCGCGACAUGAAGGUGGGACUGAUGGAACAGGAUUACGCGGCUGCAGCUCAUGCGGCGGCUUUCGGAGCCAAUAUGCUGCCCACGACCAUCAGCUCGGGAUUCCCGCUGCCCCACAACUCGGUGGCUGCGGCGGCGGCGGCUGCCUCCUUUGGCCACGUGACCUCGGCGCCCAGUGGCGGAAACGGGAAUGGGAGCAGCUACAACGGAGGCACCACCACCACGCCCAGCUCCAAUCCGGCCACAACCAAUGGCGGUGGCAACAGCGGACCAGGAGGAACCGGAGGAUCCGGCGGAGGUGGAGGAGGAGGUGGAGGUGGAGGAGCAGGUGCCCACCAGUUCUCGUUUGCAUCCCCCACAGCAGCGCCGAGCGGCAAAGAAGCCCGCCACUUUGCAGCCAAUUCCGCAUCCAACUCGUCGACGUCCAGCGAGGCCUCCAAUUCAUCGCAGCAGAAUAAUGGAUGGAGCUUUGAAGAGCAGUUCAAACAAGUCAGACAGCUCUAUGAAAUCAAUGAUGACCCCAAACGCAAAGAGUUCCUGGACGAUUUGUUCUCGUUUAUGCAAAAGCGCGGUACGCCGAUCAAUCGGCUGCCGAUUAUGGCCAAAUCGGUGCUGGAUCUCUACGAGCUGUACAAUCUGGUGAUUGCCCGCGGCGGUUUGGUGGAUGUUAUCAACAAGAAGCUGUGGCAGGAGAUCAUCAAGGGGCUGCAUCUGCCGUCGAGCAUCACCAGUGCCGCCUUCACCCUGCGCACCCAAUACAUGAAGUAUCUGUACCCGUACGAGUGCGAGAAGAAGAACCUCAGCACGCCGGCGGAGCUGCAGGCGGCCAUCGAUGGUAAUCGCCGGGAAGGACGACGCUCCAGCUACGGGCAGUACGAGGCCAUGCACAGUCAGAUGCCAAUGACGCCCAUUUCGCGACCCUCUCUGCCGGGUGGCAUGCAACAAAUGUCGCCUCUGGCUUUGGUCACCCAUGCCGCCGUGGCCAACAAUCAGCAGGCAAUCAACAAUGCCGCCGCCGCAGCAGCCCAUCAUCGCCUGAUGGGUGCUCCGGCCUUUGGCCAGAUGCCCAAUCUGGUCAAGCAGGAGAUCGAGAGCCGGAUGAUGGAGUAUCUGCAGCUGAUCCAGGCCAAGAAGGAGCAGGGUAUGCCCUCCGUGCUGGGUGGCGCCCAUCCCCACCAGCAGCAGCAACAGCAACAUCAGCAGCAGCAACACCAGCAGCAGCAGCAACAUCAGCAGCAACAGUCGCACCAGCAGCAGCAACAUCACCUGCAGCAGCAGCGUCAGCGAUCCCAGAGCCCCGAUCUGAGCAAGCACGAGGCACUCAGUGCUCAGGUGGCUUUGUGGCACAUGUACCACAACAACAACAGCCCACCGGGAUCGGCUCACACAUCGCCGCAGCAACGCGAAGCCCUGAACCUAUCCGAUUCGCCGCCAAAUCUCACAAAUAUCAAAAGGGAACGCGAACGGGAACCCACGCCGGAGCCCGUGGACCAGGACGACCAGCCCCACCAGCCGCCUCCUGCCAAGCGCGUGGGCAGUGGCCUCCUGCCACCCGGCUUUCCCGCCAACUUCUACCUGAAUCCCCACAACAUGGCCGCCGUGGCAGCUGCAGCGGGAUUCCACCAUCCAUCGAUGGGCCACCAGCAGGAUGCCGCCUCCGAGGGCGAACCGGAGGACGACUACGCCCACGCCGAGCACAAUACCACGGGCAACUCGUCCUCCAUGAACGAUGACAGCGAGCCGCAGCAGAUGAACGGACAUCACCACCACCACCACCAGAGCCACCAGCUGGACAAGUCCGACGACUCGGCCAUCGAGAACUCGCCCACCACAUCCACCACCACCACUGGUGGCUCGGUGGGUCAUCGCCACAGCUCACCCGUUUCCACCAAGAAGAAGGGCGGCGGUAAGCCCCAGAGCGGCGGAAAGGAUCUGCCGGCCGAGGACAAGGAUACGCCCUCCACUGGCAAGCUCAAUCCCCUCGAGACACUGAGCCUGCUGUCCGGCAUGCAGUUUCAAGUGGCAAGGAAUGGAACUGGCGAUAACGGCGAACCGCAGUUGAUUGUGAAUCUGGAGCUCAAUGGCGUCAAGUACUCGGGCGUGCUGGUGGCUAAUGUGCCGCUGUCCCAGGGCGAAACAAGGACGAGCUCACCCUGCCACGCAGAAGCACCCGCCAACGAGGAGGAGCACGACGAGGAGGAGCCGCCGAAGGCCGCUGAAGAGGAUUCGGAGUCCCAUCGAUCGCCGGUCAAGCAGGAGAACGAGGAGGCCGACCAGGACAUGGAGACCAGCGAGGUCCUUGUGAACGGAGGCGCUGCGGCGGGGGCUGGUGCUGCUGUCCCCUUGCUCAAGGAUGCCGUGGUCAGCUAGAGAGGAGGAUAACCGGACGGCAAGGAAAGGAUAGGAAUACCAAAGUCAUAUUUUUCAGAAAAAUACAAAAGCAGUUCAACUCACAACACACAAGCACACAGAUGCCGAACCCAAAUGUACAUACACACGCGUGCGGCAGGAGCACAGGACAAGGAGCACAGGAGCAGGAGCAGGAGCAGGAAGGAUGUGGCCAUUGUGGAGGCCAGGACAAGAAAAGCGCAUUAGGCGCAGUGAUGUCCACACAUACCUAUAAUAUGCAGCAUUCAUUCAGCACCCGUCCCCCAACCGAAACGCCGCCAGUAGAGGAUCAUACAAGUAUAUAUAUUACAAAGCCUAUAUAUAUGGGAUACAUGUGUGCUCUAUUUCCACAUUUGCAUAAAAGACAAGCCAGCGAGCGUGCAGUUAUCGAUAGCCAUUACUUACAUAAGCGAGUGCAUCACUUCGGAUACAUACAAAUAUACAACCAAUAUACCCGUAUAUAUAUGAUAUAUGAAUUAGGUUACGAGUCCCACAAAACCAAUUUGUUUUUAGCGUGAAAUCUGUUUUAUCCUCCUACGAACUUUUCCCUUUUUUUGUGUUAGGCUGCAAGGCUUCUGUACAUAUCAAUCAAUACUUAGCUCGUAGACCCAUAUACUAUAUAUUAUAUACUAUAUAUAUUAUCGGAACCUAGUCUGUAAGAACACAUUCACACAUCAGCAAGCAUACACACACCGCUAACACACUUGCAUAUCCAUUAUGACCGCAUCGUAGACAUAUUUUAGACAUAAAAUCAACACAAGUAAUAAGCAUAAAUGUAUCUGUCGUAAAAUUAAAUUGCGCUUUUGGCACCCACA